CUCCUCCUCUGCCGAGUGGAAGCGAAGAGCCGAGUGGUGCUGGCAGGAGUCUGAGCCACACGAUAAACUCUGGCAUCAGCUUGCCUCCAUCCGGCAGUCAGGGGGGACACGGCGAGGGUGCAGAGAGACGAGAGAAAGACCAAGCGUGUCAGAAGGCGGGGGAGAGAGUGAGUGAAAGAGAAAGAGAGCGAGAGAGAGAGAGAGAGAGGAGGUGGCUCGGGGAGAUUGUGGUCAGUACUAUGAGACGAAGCGAAUAGACGAGUGAGGAGAAGCUGUCAUCUGAGCCCAGCUUCCCUUUUUUUCACAGCUUUGCCCGUCUGUCGGCUGCCUCGCGACGGGCAGGCGAACGCCAGCGGGGGAUGACUGGUGGCUCGUUUUCAGCGGCACGGUUAUUGGAGUGACGCUCGCGGCGGCACUGACAGGAUCGGAGGCGGCGGCAUCUUCUCCAGCCACUUCGGGCUCAUCCGACAGACUGCCGGUUGCUCUUUCUCACCUCCUCCUGCCUGUCCUCCCCAUAGCUUCAUCUUCUUCUUCCUGAUGAGCCCGCGAGUGAAAGACCCCUGCAGAUAGAGGCUUCUCUCUGUCAAGACAGUGCCAUGUGCGGUUGUCCGGUGCGCCCCGUGGCAGCGGCGUUGCCCCGGAUCUGGAGGGAAACGCAUCGCCUUUCUCAUUCUCGGGGGCUCCAACGGGAAUCUUUGCUUGGAUUUAUCUCAUCCUGUUGGAUGGCUCUCUGAAAGAAGAGUCCGCAGAGGAAACCACAUACAGCACGGAUAAGAAGUAAAAUAAUUAUCCAAUCAUGGCAAGGAGAGGCAGACCUGGUUCCCUUAGCAACAACUGAGGGAGAUAGAGGAGAGUCACUUUCUCUUUUGUGUGUGUGUGUGUGUGUGUGUGAGUAGAGAGAGGGGGGGGGGUCACACCCCUCUGGACUGUUGUGGGCAUCGAGUAACACCCAGAUUCUGGGAGCAGUCGCUCAUUUGACUAAGAGUCCACUGUAACUGUCUCUCAUCCGUUGUGAUUUUUUUUUAACUCGUUCAAUCAACGAGCAAUUUCAUAGGUUUAGGAUUUAAUUCAUCCAGAUCCUACGCCACCUGGAAUAAAUCCUUCUAUUGGGAAGGGAGAUUGAAUUCUCCAGGAAAAGACCCGCAUCGGUCCAUUUAUCCUCUCCCUGACAACAACUGAAAGAUGUCACGAUUAAGUUGUCAUCCGCAAACAAACGGGGAUCUGAAGUUUAUUUUGACACAACUUCUGACGUCAACCGGAAUAUCCACGUUUUUUCCAUAACCAUCGGCAAGUCAACAUAUUUAAUCCAAAAAAAGUUGUGCUCAUCUUUCUCUAGGAAAGUGGGUGUGUGGACUGUUACAGCAUGCUACAAUGUUGCUGUUUUUCAAGUGCAAAAGGGUAAAGUAUAGAACUGUGUUUUAAAUAGCAUCUCCUCCAGAACCAUUUGAGUUGUACACACUGACACAUGAGAUGAGUUGGCUCAGUGUGAUUAUGUAAGAUUUUUUUUUUUUAUUACAGCUUAGGCACUUUUUUUUGCCUCUUCUAUUUUCCAUGGAUUUAUCGUGUUUGACUUCUCCUGCACUCACUUUCUCCCCGGUUUUGGACGGACGCCAUCGCUGCCAGAGAGUGACCCUGUGCCGGGUGUGCGGAGCGAGGAAAGGUGUUUUGGUCGUCCAGGUGCUUUUAAGAUGUUGAGGUCUCCCUGCGUGGCCGGGCCCCCUGUUCGGAUCAGUAGCACUGAGGCUCCUCGUAGCCAAAGACAUGGACCCCGACUCGGCUCCCCCACGCCCUCAGCCUGUUGGCCACUGGCCCCACGUCACCUUGUGAAGGAUGUCCCUCAGCAGAGCUCCGGCCCGGGACACCUCUGAGACCCCCAGCCCGAGAGAACGCAUCCGCAGCCACAUGAAGAUGGUGAUUGACCAGCUGGAAGGAAUUCUCAGAGAGCUGAAAGAUGUGGCCAAGGAACUUCGGGAGGUGGUGGGCCAGAUCGAUAAACUGACGUCAGACUUUGACUUUGACCUGGAUCCAGAUGACUGGACGGUGGCAACGGCGAGCAGCACGUCCAGCAGCGAGCGCGGCCUCGGGGAAGCCUUCCGCCUCGACUUCCUCAACGCCGACGUGCUGUCCGACAGCUGGGAGUUUUGCGGCUACCUGGAGUCGGCCAGUGGGGCGUGUGCGCGAACGCCCAGCGAGCUACCGAUGGGGUGUUACCCCAGAGCGCCCACGGGCCGCGGGACCAUACCCACGCAGACGCCCAACCUUCCCGCUGCCGCCAUGGCUUCAGUUUACUCGCAAAUGAACGGCGGGCUGCCCAUCCCCAACGGACCACGCAUCAUCACUCCAGAUUCAUCCAGCGAGGAGGCCAGCAGCUCCACACACAGCCACAAGACGAGGGAGCGGGUCCGAUUCAGUGACAAGAUCCUCUACCAUGCACUGUGCUGCGAUGACGAUGACGAAGAGGAGCAGGAGGAACUACCAGAUGACAAGAGCGGCCGGGCCACACCUGACAGCGACAGCGAGCAGAGCCUCCUCGCCGAACCUCUCACACCCAAACGUUCUUCCUCCGAGCACUCGCUCCUUCACAACUGCCUCGACCCCUCUUACGUGCCCCCGUCGGCAAGAAGCAUGACGGGAGCGCACACGUUACCCAGGAAAGGCCUCCUGAACCCCAGCUGCCGUAAAAAACUGCUCAGAAACAGCAGCACGCAAACUGUGUCGGAUAAGAGCACCCAAACUGUACUGCCCUAUAUUCCAAACAAACAGAAAACAAAGGAGCACUGAGCCAGCCAGAAUUUUCCUCUGUUUAUCAUACAGCUCACCAUAAGAACUGUGCAUUGUUUAAUAUUAAAUACAUAGCUAAUAGAUUAAUACACAAAUAAAUGAAUUACUAAAUAAAGAAAUGCUAUAUGGGGAAAAAAAUCACUGGGCUCCCUAAAUUCAUUCCAAAAUUCAGGUUAGGAACAUGCAUUGAAUCUUGGAAACAAAAGUGAAAACUGUAACUGUAACUCAAACCUUUAACUUUAAAAUGAUAUGAAACCCCCCAUUUUAACCCUACCUUAACCCUUUCCCCUAAACCUGAUCCCUGUCCCCAAACCCAAACUAUAAACUUACUAUACCCCUGAUCUCAAACACGGAACGAUGUACUUCCCCCUUUUUUUUCGUUGUUGUUGUUUUUUGCCCCCCUUUUUCUGAUCUCUUUCUAUAUUUUCGAGACAGAGGGAAGACAUUUUAAUAUAUAAAACAGUAUAUGUAAGAGAUGACUUUUUGGGGGGUUUUUUUGUUUUUUUUAACAAAAAUCACUGCCUGUGUUUACUCUACCUCUAACCAAUAACUCCCAUUUUUAACCUUACCUGGAACAUCUAACCUAAACUCCAACCCUUUAUCCCCUAGCUGCAAACUAUAAAAUAAACCGCCAUUCCAUGACCUAACCCCAAAAUUAAACCCUCUCUAACCACACACCCUAAUUUUAACGAUAACUGCAAAAUAAAACCUAAAGCAUCACUCUUAUCCCAGCCCCUGAUUCUAACAGCAUCAAUGCGUCUUUGUUUUUCCAUUUCAGGUUGUUGUCAUGGCAACGUUGAGAACAAAAUUUCACACUUGCCAAUGUGAUAUCGAGUCAGGUUGAUUUAUAUAGCCCUAUUCACAAUAGAAGCCAACUCAAGGCACUCAAGGUCAAGAAAAGUACUCCUCGCAGAAAAUUGCCUGAACCCCUUUGUGAGCAAGCACUACUGCAAGGUACACCGAACCAAGACUCAAUGCAAGGCGGCAGUCUGCCUCGACUGGUCGGGUUAUUUAUGGAGAAGAAUUUGGAGAAAAGUGAGUUUGAGGUGAGUCAUGUUGUUUAUGCUAGUGUUCAUACUCGGUUAGCAUUAGCCAGCUAGGUUGCACACCUGAGUAGCUGUAACUGGCACAAUUAUCUUCACAUCAUUUCAGGUCGGUUUGCGGACGGAUUGCUGAUGCUUUUUACAUUAGUUACUAGAAGAAAAUUCCAAGCAUUACCAGUUAAUGUGUUGUAGAAGCAAUUUCUGGGCUUUUACUGUUUUGGUAUGUCUUGUAGAAGCUAUUUCUGCGCUUGUCCUGUUUUGCUAUGCCUUAGCUCUGAACAUUGCGAAACGGUUGAACGCGGGUGAAGUGAACCAUCGUCAAAAAAUUUGAAUGGGCAACACUUCGCCGCACACCACACAAGUGAGCGCUGCAUAUUUGUUUCCACUUUUUUUAUUUUAUUUUGUUUUGCUGUGUAACUGUCAUGUUUUGCGUGAUGGCCAUAGACCCAAACAGCAGAGAGGCUAAAGUGGAGCAGGGUGGACUGAGCAAAAUAUAUUAACAAAAAAACUAACUCAAAUACACAAGCAAAGUGCUGAAAACCCUAUGAAGUCAAAGUAAUAAACAAACAAAACCUAUGACAGAAACAAAACAGAGCUGACAGAACCCAGGGAAAUAAAUACAAGCAAAUUGACGAGACAAGAAACACAGAGACAAGGCACAAAGGGUUGAGGGACCCGGAUGACAAGAACAGGUGGAGACAAAAAAUGUGGUUUCUGCAGUUGCUCAAGACUACAGAUGCAAAUGUCAGUGAAAAUUACAUCAUACGUCUCAAUCUCAUGUGAACAGAAGCAGUUGAAAAUCCCUUAUACAAUGCCUAACAUUUACGGGUUUCGCCCUCCUGUACGCCCAGCGGAGGUGUCCUUCAAGGCAUCGGCUCAGAGCUAAAUGGAUUU